CCGCCCGCCGCGCUGCCGCGGCCGCAGGCUCCGUCGGGGCCGGACCGGCGGAGCAGCCCCGAAGUUUGCGGAGCGGUUGGCGCCGCGGCCAUGUGGCUGCUGUGGCUACUGCUGCGCUCGGCGGAGAGCCAACUGCUGCCUGGGAAUAACUUCACCAACGAGUGCAACAUUCCUGGAAACUUCAUGUGCAGCAACGGGCGCUGUAUCCCUGGGGCCUGGCAGUGUGACGGGCUGCCCGACUGCUUUGACGACAGUGAUGAGAAGGAGUGCCCGAAAGUCAAAUCCAAAUGUGGUGCUACGUUCUUCCCUUGUGCAAGCGGGAUCCACUGCAUCAUUGGCCGCUUCCGCUGCAACGGUUUUGAGGACUGUCCUGAUGGCAGCGAUGAGGAAAACUGCACAGCAAAUCCCUUGCUUUGCUCUACUGCCAGAUUCCACUGCAAAAAUGGCCUUUGCAUCGAUAAAAGCUUCGUGUGCGACAGUCAGAACAACUGUCAGGACAACAGUGAUGAAGAGAGCUGUGAAAACCCUCAAGAGGCAGGCAGCGGGCAGGAUUACGUGACAUCAGAGAAUCAGCUGCUGUACUACCCAAGCAUCACGUACGCCAUCAUUGGCAGCUCCAUCAUCUUCGUGCUGGUGGUGGCCUUUCUGGCACUGGUGCUGCACCACCAGCGCAAGCGCAGCAACCUGCUGGCACUGCCAGUUCACCGCCUGCAGCACCCCGUCCUGCUCUCCCGCCUCGUCGUCCUUGACCACCCCCACCACUGCAGCGUCACCUACAACGUCAACAAUGGCAUCCAAUACGUGUCCAGCCAGCCCUACCCCCGGCCUGUGGACCUGGACUCACCACCCUCCUAUUCAGAGGCUGUACUCGACCAAAGGCCGCCCUGGUUCGACCUUCCUCCGCCACCAUAUUGUUCUGAGUCAGAGUCGUGUGCCCAGGCAGAGCUGCCGCCGUACCGCUCUCGGGCAGGCAGCUCAGUGAGCUGUGCCCCCACUGUGGCAGCAAGGCCGGGCAGCCGGGCAGGAGGCCUCUCCGACAGUGCUGAUAGCCACAGAACUCUGCUUGCCAGCACCGCAGAGCCCAGCGACUCACUGCUCACCCACACUGCCGAGAGAGAAGCGUAACUGCUCCGACUGGGAUGGACAGGAAGGCAUUGCCUUCUUCAAACCUGUAUGGGUUAAUCUGCUGCAGCUAAUGGGCUUCAGGGGGAGUCGUACCUGAAUGAUGACUUGACUGGAAUCCACACUAUAUUGGAAUUCAGCAUUUUUGGGCUCAUCCGAGACAGAGCUGAGCACUGAGCCUGGAGUCACAUCAUCUCCCAUGGUGUUUCCACAAGCAGGUUCUGCCUCAGAGUAGUAAGAGAACCAUCAGUGCUGUCUCCAAGAGCCGCUGUGGUGCAUUUCUCAGACUAUUUACUGUGUGUGAAUGUAUAUAUGUGCCUGCAACAUCUGUAGAUAUUAUACAGACCCAAACCAUGGCAGAAGGACCCUGUUCUCAGCCCACCUCCUGGCCUGGCAAUGUGCAAGCCCUUCCCUCUUGCUGCCAACUGGAGGUAACUGGAGGAGAUGAGCACUGGUCACUCUGUUUGGAGGUCUGGUGCCCAGCACCAGCCCACUGGCAGGCCCCGAAUUGCAGAAAAUGUCCCUCUCAACCUUUCUCUUCAUGGCCUUAGAACAUUCUCACUGUGAAUGUAAUUUGCAAAGUUUAAGCUUGUGAGGAUGCAACAACUCUCUAACUGGAGAAAUGAGGAUUUAUUUCCCAGAUGCUAAUAUCUAGGCCAAAUUUGCAUGUGUUUUCUCAGGAACACCACAAAGGUUGGUUUAUCUGACUUCAAGGCUGAGGACAGAUGCACUGAAGCUUCUCAGCAAGCCAGUGCAAGACUUCCUUUCCAGCGUGGCAAAACAUUACUCUGUGUGUUCCUUCUUAAAAAACCCCAGACCACGACCAAACAACAAAACAAAAUGACCCCUCCAACUGUUUAAGCUGAAUCUUGGACACCAAAAGCAGCCUGAGGCAAACACCCAUCACAAAAAGCUUUAUUGUGAAUGACUGGUCUGUUGUAUUUGUGAAAGAACUGAAAGCCCGUUGAGCAGUAGGGUGGUGGGCGCUGGGCUGGGACAGGGCCUGUGCCUUCAGAACCCUAAAAUGUCGAUGUUUCACUUAUGAUGUUACCAUUGUUUUUUACAAAGGUGGCCAUUAUUUGUGCUCAUCUGGUUGAAGCUCUAGCUUCUGCAGGAAACCACAGCUAUUUGUGUGUUUUGUCCAAACUCUUGGAGUGAUCUCCUGUGAGGUGUGUGGCACCUUCUAGACAAGAGGAAGACCUUCUAUUGUUUUCCAUAUACUGAGCACUGCACUGCAGUGGCAAUGAAAUGUCAGUUUAACUUCCCUUUUGCCACGCUGAAUGCCUUCACCUCUGAGAUGUUUUCACACAGAUGUUCCUCUUGUCUAGAGGGAAAUUGGCCUUGAAAAAUUAUUUCUAUUGGUCUGCCAGACACAUUUCCCAUUCCUCCUUGCCUGUAAUGGACCAUGUCAUUAGGCAGACUUUGGUGUUUAGCAGCAGCAAAGGAAGCUGACUACCCACACCAUCUGCUUUCUUCCUCCUCAUCUGUCUGAGGUAACUUCUUUGGCCCAAAGGUUGUACACUGAGAACACAAGCUUGAGCGUAGGUAGGGGAGCUCAAGCUCAGCCUUGAUUCCCACACAUACCCAAGAGGUUUUUUGUGGUAUUUUUUUUCAUUUUCAACUCUGGAGCCUGCUACUGUGGUACAUAAGGGGAAGGCUCAGGUGGAUUCCCAAGCUCAGAUCAUUUCAGGACUGAAGACACAAUGGGGAGUACCAGAGAACCCCAGUGCUGACAGGCCUGGCUGGCUGUGAGAGCAGAGGAACGACAGCCUGUCCUGGCAGACUGAGGCAGCCCAUUGGGAAGUGCUUCAGUGAAGGUGCUCCCAGGGCCUUCUGUAAGGUGCUGCUGGGCCUCUGCAAGCUGUGUAAUGAAUUAAUCACAGAAUUAGCCUUGACAUUGUCCUGUUGCAGUUUUUAAAACAUACUGUUGAAGAGUUUGCAGCAGUUUCAUUAGAAUUAGCCAUCGUUUUAAUUUUCAAGUUGCCUGAGUCUUACAUUAGUGAGAUUUAAGUGGUUGUGUCCAGCAUCUCUCCCUGGCAUGUGUCCCUUCCCCAGGCAGCUGCCUUUCGCCAGGAGUGUUCAGAGGCUCCAGGGCAUGUGCAAACCAAAUACUGUGUGCCUGUGGCGUCUGCAAAUCAUGGCCUUGCAUUGCUGAGAGGUAGGAGAGGAGCAGGCGUACCCUGCUUCUCCUGUCUUCUCUGGCAGUCACUGUCAGAUAUGUACAUACAUAUAUAUGUUUUUUAAAAGCUACUCUUUCAGGUUGUAUAUAUUCAUGUAACUUUUGAUUAAGAUAAUCCAUUUGGACUUUACCAAAAAAAAGUAAAAAAUAGCAUUCUAAGUGAUGUGACAUUUUCCCUUCCAGCUAAGGGUGUAUUUAUCUUUGUAUAGGAACCUUUUUGGUUUUGAGAACACGCGUUUCAGAAGGAGAUUGUGCCUUUCUGACUGAAUGUUGAUUUGGGAGGCUGUUAAUGGCAUCUCUGGGUGAUGUUACGUAUUGUUGUCUAGAGAUCCAAAAAGAGGAACAAGUCUUGUCUUCUUUGGUGUUACUUAUGGGGACCACUGACCUUUGAGGAGUACAGAAGGUCGGUAUCUCAUUCCAAAAGCCUAAAACUUUUGCUAAAACUGGGGGAGGGGAAAUGUUCAUCUUACUCCAAUUCUCUGUCACACAGAUCCGCUCGCUGCUUUCCUUGGAAAUUGCUGUAGUAUCACACAGAAAUUGUUUAUGACGUGUCAGUCCAGCAGUGUUAAUAGUGUUGUACUGCAUUAUUCAGUGGGAUCCUUGGGAAAGCACAGCAGCAAUAACCUGUAGUGCUGGGGAAAUGAAAUCUGUCCCUGGGAGUCCUGUAGCUAGGAAGGUGCUGGUACACGGCCUGGAGGCUUCAUGUGCUGUGGUCUCUGCACGGGAGCAGUAACAUUGGAAUUGAUUGUUCUAUUGUUUGUAAUUGUUCCUAACCUUUUUAGCUGAGGUUAGUCCCCCAGGAGCCUUUACACUUCAUAUUUAAACAAAUGCAUAUUAUUUCAAAGACCCGUUCUUACAACAGUAAUGUUUUCUUCCAGAGCCAAAUUCUGGUUCCGAUGAGUAGUUCUCAGGGCAGAUACCAAUAUCUCUGAUUGUAUCUAAACAGUUUGAAGACCUGACUCCCUGCAAUGAGGAAGGAAAGUGGAUUAGCCUGUUGGAAAUAAGAUUUGGGUUAUUUAAAGAUAAACAAAUAAAUUUCAGGAGCUUUGAGUAUCUGUAACCUCUGCUGAAGUCAGAGUGCUGUGUAUUUAAAAUUGGGCCAUUAGUGAAUCCGCUUGAUAAUAAUCUGAAGCUCCUUGUAAGGCAAAUUGCAAUUUACCUCUGUGGUGCUGUGCUAAUGGAAAAGCCGCAGCAUGCUUUUACAAAGGGCCUGUGAAUCAUUUCCUGGGCUCUUGUCUGCAGCGACAUACAAGCCCACACCACAAGUUCUAAGUAACUCCCCAUUCAUUCUUCCUCUCCUUGUAAGUCAAACCAGUUUCCUUUACACCACCUCACUUUGAUAGAGCUACUAGGGCCAUUGUGAUAGAUUUAGAAGCUGGGUGGAGGAAAGAGCUGAUGGCUCUCAUUUUAAUUAAUGCUGCAGCUUGUUAAUCUUGGGCGCUUUACUUUUUAGACAUCUUAGGGAAGACAAAUGGUUUUAGUAGAUAAGAAAAACUAUUAACAAUGAAAAGGAUAGAUGGACACUGGUUCUGAAUUUAAUUUGUAAUGAAUAUUUAAAAUUGUAUAAGUGAAGGAAGAAUUUAAUGCUGUAUUUUGUAACGUGGUGAUCAGAUGGCAAGUACUGUUUUUAACUCAUGGGAAGCUACUUUGCAUAUAAUGCCUGGAACUAAAAAGGUAAGAUAAGUGCUCUUCUUGCAGUUCAUAUUAGAGUUGAAGUAUAUUUAAUUAACACAAGGCACCCAUGGAAAAAAACUGUGGACUGCAGGAAGGACUUCAAUACUGUGCUGGAUACUGGUAUCCCAGUACAGGACUGUGCCUUCAUUUAUCUUUUUUUUUUUCUUUUUUAAUCUGAUUUGAGGGAUUUUGUCAAUUUGAAAUAGAGAUGUUACAGGAGAAGUGUAAAAGAGGUUGUACAUUGAAACCCAGCCUUGUCUUGAACUUUUGUAAACUGGAAAUCUUCAAAAAAAUGUAUCCUGUAUUCCUGAAUAAAGUUGGGUGUUUUAAUAAUGUUCCUAAGUGGGGGUGUCCCCUGCCUCAUGAAGUCUCAGCAGUUUUAGUUCUGUAGCCUCUUUCAUGAGGCUUCUGCCAACUUCUUGUGCAUUCAGUGUUAAGUUUUGUUAAAUCUUUGUGGGUUUUAAACAUAUUUUUAAAGGAAGUGAUAUUGGAAACCCACAUGUAGGUGUGUGUAUAAAAAUACAUGUCUCCAUGUUUAUACAAAUGAAAAUUGCUUAAUUUCAUACUUUCUCCUUUU